AUGGAUAUCGCACUUGAAAUCUGGGACACAGUCAUCGGGGACCGCCUCUAUUCGGCUCUCCUCCCUGCCUCGCUAUCCUCGAGUCUCUCCGUCCCCGGUUUCCCGACUGCCACCAACAGCACUCUUUCGCUUUUCGGCGCCACAAAACCGUUUGUCUAUGAGCCUGCGACGCAGCUCAUUUACUUAGAACCUUCCAAAUAUGCCUACAUGAGCGCGUGGCCGCGAAACAACAUCUAUCGCCAGUUCUCAAGUUUCUUCCUGAUUGUCUGGAUUUUCGGCUUUAUUGUCUACUUCAUUUCCGCAACUCUCUCUUAUAUGUUCAUCUGGGAUAAGACGACCGUCAAACAUCCGAAAUUCCUCAAAAACCAGAUCCCUAUGGAGAUGGCGCAAACUAUGCGUUCAAUGCCAAUCAUGUCUUUGUUGACAGCGCCAUUCUUAGUAGCUGAGGUUCGGGGUUACGCAAAGCUUUACGAUACGUUCGACGAGGAACCGUUCCCCUAUUACAGUAUUCUGCAAUUCCCUCUGUUCAUCGCCUUUACCGAUUUCUUUAUCUACUGGAUCCACCGCGGCUUGCAUCAUCCCCUCAUCUAUAAGACCUUGCACAAGCCUCACCACAAGUGGAUUAUGCCUAGUCCCUUUGCGUCCCAUGCGUUCCACCCCAUUGAUGGCUGGUCCCAGAGUGUUCCCUACCACCUCUUCCCGUUCAUCUUCCCUCUGCAGAAGGCAGCCUAUGUUGUCCUGUUCGGUUUCAUCAAUAUUUGGACUGUCAUGAUCCACGAUGGUGAAUAUGUCGCCAAUAGCCCGGUAAUAAACGGGGCAGCCUGCCACACGAUGCAUCAUCUCUACUUCAACUACAACUACGGUCAAUUCACUACCUUGUGGGAUCGCAUGGGCGGCAGCUACCGAAAGCCAAAUGAGGAGCUAUUCCGUCGUGAGACCAAGAUGGGCGAGGAUGAGUGGAAGAGGCAGACUAAGGAGAUGGAAAACAUCCUCAAAGACGUCGAAGGUGACGAUGACCGCAAGUACCUCACGGAAGAGACCAGCAAGAAAAACCUUUGA